AUGCACACUACUCGAUCGUGUAAGGAUAAGAAUUUGAUCCUGCUCAACUCGAACAUCAACAAGCUACAAAGGAGAAGAAAAACCGGAAAUAAGCUGAAUCGAGUUGACAUGGAUCAACACGAUCAGAACCCGCAGAAUCUGAAUACGCAGAAUCGAGCACCACCAGGUGAAGAUCUGCAGAAAAAUAACCCGGCAGCUGCACCAGUCCAGAGAGUAGCACGAUGCAUUGGAGCCGGUGAUGCACCGAACACACACGUUCAGAGACAGGGGAUCGUUCCUCCAGCUGUGGCGAACAACAACUUUGAGAUCAAGCCCGAUCUCAUCUCCAUGAUUCAAAACAACAAGUUUCAUGGACUCCCUAUGGAAAACCCACUCGACCAUCUGGAUGAGUUCGAUCGACUUUGUGUCCUCACCAAAAUCAAUAGAGUCACUAAAGACGGUUUCAAGCUGCGUUUGUUCCCAAUCUCUCUAGGGGACAAAGCUCAUCAAUGGGAGAAAAAUCUGCCUCAGGGAUCCAUCACUUCUUGGAACGACUGUAAGAAAGCCUUCCUCGCCAAGUUCUUCUCUCCCUCCAGAACUGCAAGGCUUAGGAACGAAAUCUCUGGAAUCGUUCAAAAGAAUGGAGAAACGUUCUCUGAAGCUUGGGAGCGCUUCAAGAACUACACUAAUCAGUGCCCUCACCACGGAUUCAGCAUGGAGUCGCUUCUCAGCACUCUCUACAGAGCUGUGCCACCCAGAAUCAAACAGAUGCUUGAUACAUCGAGCAAUGGCAACUUCCUCAACAAGGAUGUUCAGGAAGGUUGGGAACUAGUUGAGGAUCUGGCACAAUCAUGCGGGACCUAUAAUAAAGAUUACGACCAUACUCAGAGGGGUUGGAUCGAAUCCGAUGAGAAGCACCGCAAGGAGAUCAAGGCCCUAAACGAGAAGCUCAAUAAGCUUUUAGUGGUUCAGCAGAAACCAGUUCACUUCGUUACUGAGGAGGGCGACUAUCUGAUUCAAGAAGGGGAGAUCAAUCCCUCCACUAAGGAGCUAUGCUACAUCCAAAAUCAAGGAGGUUUCACAAAGGGGUUUGUCCCAUACAAACAACACCCCAAUCUAUCUUACUGA